AUGCAAAGUAAGAAUAUGCAACCCAACGUCUAUCAUAGUGCUCAACCUUACUAUACAGAGGUUAGAGGUAACAGAACAUAUGCCCAAGCUGCCCGUAACUCCAACGUGGAAAAACCACAACAACACACCUACCCAAUCACCCUAAACCCCAACACGUUCAUGAGAUAUUGGUUAAAGAAAGGUGUACUAAUCGGUGAAACACAUAGUCUCGAUCAUAUGGCUAAUCUACACGUACUCGGAAUCAUAAAUGAAGAAACGAAGUAUCUUGGAGGCCUUAAACUCGCCAUACACUUUAGGUGGUCAGCAGAAGCAAAAGAAUACCUAGAAGAUAAAAAUCGAUGGCAAGACUGGUUCAAGUGGUUGGUUAUGGCAGAUCAGUUUGAUCAGGAUUAUGAACGAGUUGCCUGGCUUAAGAUUACAGACGUUCCUCUACAGUUAUGGGAAGAAAAUAAUUUCUCGAUCAUCGCUAGUCGAUAUGGUAAAGUUCUUAACCCAUUUGAUGGCAUAUCCAAUAGGAGAGACUACUCCAUGAGAAAAGUCGGUGUAUUCACCUCAGCAAGGAGAUGGAUCAACGAAGAAAUCACCGUUAAUUCUAACGGAUGUGAAUUCAAGGUGGGAAUCGUGGAGUACACCGACGACUGGUCUCCAUUCAAACCGGCUCCAUUCGACAAGGUAGAUCACUCGGAGGAGGAAGACAAUAACACGAAAGGAAUUUCGGAAACCUGGAUGGAGGAUGAGAUGGAGGAACCAGAAGAAGGUGAAAUUCGACCAGUGAACACAGUGAAGAUCAACGCCCAACCGACUAAUCAUCAAUCUUCGGCGGCUCCGGCUGCCGCAACACUUUCCCCGGCAACGAAAUCGGUAAACGGGGGAAUCGAAAAGUCUCCAACUAGUGCACCGUUGGAUCCAAGUUACGAGAAGACGUGUAAUGUUGCAUUAACUAAUCUUAAUGCUGGAACGACGUAUGAAGUGCCCAAUGUAGAUUCUAGGUCUAACCAAGAAUGUGAUUCUUACAUCCCCAUAAAUGGGCCACCGGUAACUUACACUUUUGGGCCACUGGAGAAUUUAGUUCCACUUGGAUGUUUUGGGUCAUUCCCCAACAAUACUAUGCCAUUCUCUUUCACAUCCCAGCAGACCCAAAAUAACGAAUUACACUCCAACUCGUACAGUGGCGGUGGACCUAAACAUAAAAAAAGGAAAAGGGGUAAAGUGGUGUUCCCUUCCCCACGCACUAGUCCUCUGAUACAAGAUUACAACUCAAUCCCUUCCAUUUCACAGAUAAAAUCGGUGGCUUUUAAUUCUUCCAAAGGAAAUAUGGACUCCACUUUGAAUCUCUUAAAUGAAGGUGACGUCAAUUUUACCAACAAUACUCCACGGUCGACUAAAGAGAUUUCUCAUACAUCAGAAGUCAAAGAUAUGGUUGCGAUUGGAAAUGCAAUUGGUUUUCAAAUUGAUGCCAAUGAUCCAGAGCUUGUAGAAACAGAGGUAGACUCCGAAGAGAAAAAUGGUAUUCAAUGA